CUUUGAUGUUUAUGUGGGAGGCGGUAGAGCACCUAAAGCUGAUUUGCCAACUGCCAAUAAACAGAAGACAAUAAGAGGAAUCACCACUACUGCCCUCAGUCUGAGACCUGAUGGAGGAGAAAGAGGAGAGCAAAUAAUCAUCAUCAUGUCAAAACUGGAGAAAUCUUUCAGUUGCUCAUCGAAAAGAAGAGCCAAGGAAUCAUUCCCCUGCCCUCAGUGUGGAAAGAGUUUCACAACCAAAAAAAGUCUUCAACCUCACAUGAAAAUCCACACUGGCGAGAAACCGCACACGUGUGAUCAGUGCGGGAAGAGUUUUGCACGAGCACACACUCUUAAAUUACAUCUUCAUUCUCAUUCUGGAGAAAGACAGUUUAACUCUGAUCAAUGCAGCAAAAAAACUCGGAAGAGGUGCCUGAAAGCUCCUACAAAGAAGAAGCUUCACGUGUGCUCUCUGUGUGGAAUGAGUUUCACUCGGCUGGAUAAUCUAAAAUUUCACUGGAAAAGACACAAAGGUGUGAAGGAUCAUGUUUGCUUAGAUUGUGGCAGGAGCUUUACUAGAUCUGAUGCAUUGAAAGGGCACCGGAGAGUUCACACUGGAGAAAAACCUUACAAGUGUUCACACUGUGACAAGAGAUUCAGUCAGACUGGGACUCUGAAAAUACAUGUGAGGACCCACACUGGAGAGAAGCCUUACAAAUGUGAUCAGUGCGGUAAAUGUUUUACACAAAAAGGAAGCUUAAAUGAUCACCAGAAAAUCCACACUGGAGAGAAACCGCACACGUGUGAACAGUGCGGGAAGAGUUUUGCCCAAACAAAGACCCUUAAAUUACAUCUGCGUUCCCAUUCUGGAGAAAAACCAUUUAACUGUGAUCAGUGCGGCAAAACAUUUCUGAGGCGACAGAACCUGAAGAGGCACCUGAAUGUUCAUACAAAGCAGAAAACGUACAUUUGUUUGUGUGGAAAGAGUUUUUCACGAAUGGAUUAUUUAAAACUACACCAGAGAAGUCACAGCGGUGUAAAGGAUCAUAUGUGCUUUGAUUGUGGAAAUACUUAUACAACAGCAGCUGUAUUGAAUCGGCACCAGAGAAUCCACACUGGAGAAAAACCUUACAGCUGUUCACACUGUGAAAAGACAUUCAGACAUUCUGGAAAUCUGAAGAAUCAUGAGAGGACCCACACUGGAGAGAAGCCGCACACGUGUGAUCAGUGCGGCAGAGGUUUUGCACUAAAAGGAGCCCUUAAGUCACACAUGAAAAUCCACACUGGAGAGAAACCGCACACAUGUGAUCAGUGCGGGAAGAGUUUCAGACAGACAUACACUCUUAAAAUACAUCUGCGUUCUCACUCUGGAGAAAGGCCGUACAACUGUGAUCAAUGUGGUAAAAGAUUUCCUAGGGCCGAACACCUGAAGGUCCACCUGAAAGUCCAUACAAAGGAGAAGCCUUACACGUGUUCUUCAUGUGGAAAGAGUUUUAGUCAGCUGGGUAAUUUAAGAAUUCACCAGAAAAGACACAGUGGCGUGAAGGAUCACAUGUGCUUUGAAUGUGGGAAGACUUUUACCGCCGCUGGGACAUUGAAAAAGCACCAGAGGCUUCAUACUGGAGAAAAAAACACAUGAGAAGGUCCAAAGUGGAGAGAAGCCUUUUACAUGUGGUCAGUGUGGGAACAGUUUCACUCAGUUAGGAUCACUACACCGUCAUACUAAAAACAGCUGUCUGAAAUUAAAAUAGUUCAAGCACAUUUAAAGUGUGUUGCUGACUCAUCAUCAAAUGUGACCCAAUAACGCAUUGAGUAAUAAAAGCUCUCUUCAUAAUAAAUCAGUUAAAAACACCCUCAUUAAAACAUCAUUGUUAUAUGAAGAUGUUAUAUAUUAAAGGUCAUCUUUAAGGUCAACUGCAAUAAAAAA